UUGUGUCACGUGACUUAUGUUUAUGUUGUGUCACAGAAGUUGGACGAAAAUUUGUUUACAAGUCUAUUGGUGUGACAAAUAAUUUGAGGAAAAAUAAAUAAAAACGCUCAAUUAAAAUGUUUAGCUCAGUUACGAGCUGGCUGGGAGUAGGCCAGAGGCCUAAAGAAGGCGAUGAUAAUAAAGAAAACGAAGGCCAUGUUCAUUCCGAUAGUAAAGACAGCAUCAGCUCCACUUCAGUGGAGACCAGCAUAAGCUCCAAAGAAGGAAUAACAGAAACAGAGUCAGACGACAAUGAAGGAAAAGCUUCAAGCACAUCUGAGUCUUCUCAUGAUGCUUCACCACUUGAAACACUGGAAGAUGUCUCAACGAAGGCACUUAAUACAGCCAAAGAAUUUGGAAACAUUUUGUUCAGCUUUGGUAAGGCUGCUACAAAAACAGUGGCUGAUACAGCAAGUAAAAUAAAGCACACAGUUGAAGAGAAGACCAUUCUUGGAGAUUUCACCAGGGAACAAGACAAGUUUGUGGAGGAGAAAAAAGAAAAAGUGAAACAGCAAGAGGCUGCUCUAGCUCCAUGGGUUGGAUAUGGAGAUGAAGAAGUGCUGAAAACUGAAAUUUUAGCUUUGUCUCAGGACAAGCGUAAUUUUGUCAGGAAUCCACCUGCUGGUGUCCAGUUUCAGUUCGAUUUUAGCAGUUCCUACCCAGUGGCCCUAGCAACUCUACAGGAAGAUCCAAACCUAAGGAAAAUGAGAUUUGAUCUUGUGCCUAAACAAGUCAAUGAAGAGACUUUCUGGAGGAACUACUUUUAUAGAGUUUCUUUAAUUAGACAGUCAAGUCAGCUGACUUCAUCACUGGCUCAGCAGUCAGGUAAAAGUUCAAGCAGUAGUUCUCGUAGAUCUUCUACCGGAAGUGAACAUAAAGAGUCCAGCCCAGUUGUGACAAAGACCAAUGAACACACUGAAGAGGACGCCCUCGAAAGUCCUCCAGCCCAGGACGAGUUCGUCAGCGACGCCUUCGGGGAGCACAACAUCAGCGAGGAGGACAUCCGCAAAGAGAUGGAACAGCAGCUGAGGAUCUCUCCCUCUGGAGCCAAAGCAGAUGACCAGGCUGUGGACGAAGGCUGGAAGAAAGAUCUCGAGGAGAAACUGUUGGAGCAAAGAGGCGAGGAAUGGGAGAAGGAGCUCCAACAAGAGCUGCAGGACUACGAGCUUGUGGGCGGAGAGAAUGACGUCAACGACAUUGGUGACGACGAGCUGGAGAAGGAGAUCCUGCAGCAGCUGGAAGAGGAAGCCGGAUCUUUAUCUUAGCCUCGUUUCCGUGUGUUUGUGACGUCACUUCCUAUUCUGUUUGUAACUCUUUUAUUUACAGGCGUGACCUUGUUCUGAUAUAAAAUGCUCUCUUGUAAUGUAUUGAUUAUUUUUUUUGUUUAUUGACAUUACAUUUUUUAACCUGUUCGGUUAUGCUCUUGGAGACCAGUUUAUAUCGUAAGAAUAUUUAGAUUUGUUUUUUAUUGUUCAAGUUGGAUACCUUUUUAUAAACCUAAUGUGAAAUAAUUUAAUGUAGAUUGAUUUGUUUCUGCAUCAUACCUACAAAGGGAACACUUUAAAAAAACAAGAACACACUAGUCCACCUUAAAAAUAACCAAGUUAGCGUUCCCUUGACUAUAUAAAAAGCUUGUAACAAUAAAGUAGACACUGUUGACACACUAAUAAAAUUCUAGUUGACUAUAUGAAGUAGUUGCAGAUGUGUUAUAAUGACUAUAACAUACAUGUACACAUGUUAAGUCAUAUGAUCUCUUGAAUUGUAAAUAACAACAAAAGUUGAGGUCCUUUAAACUUUUCAGAUUUUUUUUUUUCAAAGUUGGCAGCCUUCCCAAACUUUCUACAGUUUCGUUGUAUGUUGUACCAAGACUAGUUGUUAUGGUAGGCCUUAACACCGACAUGCAGUGUUGCAACCUGUGGGCAGCUGAGACCAAUAGCUUGUUGCCACUCUUACAGACAUAUGUGGCAACAACAAGAGCUAUUGACCUCCACUGCCCAUAUGUGGCCACGUUGCCUGUCAGUGUUCAGGGUGAUACCCCUCUAUAACGAUUGGCCUCGAUUGUACUGACUGUAAUAGGCAUACAAACUCGCGCUUACAGUAUAGCAAACAUGUGCAGACCAGACAGCAUUGUCUUCUGGUCUUUGUAUCUCUUGUGUCUGCUUCGUGUACACAGACAUACACGCACACACACACACACGUUCUGAGAAGCAUAAUUAACACCAGGGCUCAGUGCUGUGAUACAAAAAAAAAAAUGAUGGGUAAAAAAAAAGAUAAACAUGGCCUAGAUUUUGGAUUUCAAUAGCAACGCAAGUUGUUCUCUUAGAUGGACAUUGAUUGAUAGGUCCACACACACACACACACACUAUAAGAAGGUUUAUUAAAUAUUGCUUUUAUAGCCCACUUUGUGGAAUAUUCUAGGGUAUUCUCCAAAGACAAUGAAGUCUUCUCUAUCUGCAUCUCAGGACACAGUCGUUUGAUUUUUUUUAGCAACAUUGACAGUCAUUUGAUUUUUUUUUAGUAACAUUGACAGUUAUUUGAUUUUUUUAGUAACAUUGACAGUCGUUUGAUUUUUUUUAGCAACAUUGACAGUUAUUUGAUUUUUUUUUUUAGUAACAUUGACAGUCGUUUGAUUUUUUUAGUAACAUUGACAGUUAUUUGAUUUUUUUAGUAACAUUGACAGUCGUUUGAUUUUUUUUUAGCAACAUUGACAGUCAUUUGAUUUUUUAGUAACAUUGUCACUUAUGGUUGAAUUUCUACCUACCCAAAACAUCAGAUUUGUGCUGCGUGAUAUAUUUAAGUUUUGUUAUUUUAUGUUUUAUUUUAUAAAAUUUUUUUAAUCUGACCAAGAAAAUAAUAUUUUUUAUUUGCAUAAAUUUGAUUUGUGUGUGUUUAUACUACCUUAACCAUUUGAACCAUUAUACAAGUAUUUUGUUCUGUACAUAGGUAGAGCUCAUCUAUCUAUUUGAGUCUCACAGAACUUUUAAGAGGGACAUAAUAUCAAUGUAGGACUUCGAUUAUUUUCUGUUUUUAUGUAUAAAUUGUGCUUGUUAUCCCCCAUUACAUUUAGCAAUGUUUCUGACACCAUUUGUUUUCUACUCUCUUGUGAUAGAAAUAUAUUUUGUAGGUAUACCUGGGUUUUAAAUAAUCAGUGGGUUCUGAGUUGUUGGAAAGGCAUAUUAGUUAUUAUCAACUUUGCAUUCUAUUAAAAUGUGCUAGACAAAAUGUCACUUUAGUAGAUUUUGUUUGUUUAGCUAAUUAGUCUGUCAAAACAUUUUAAUUAAUCAAUACAAUUUGAUCAGUUGUCAAGCAAUUUUUGCAGAAGCUCUUUUUUUUAAUUCUUAACAUAUUGGAGGUUAUUAUUAUUAUUAUUUGUUAUGAUUAUUAUUAUUAUUGAGUUGUGUUACUUGAAAGAAACAUUUUUUGUCUAUCAUUUUAUGAAGUAUCUAUUUCUGUGUCUCAUUUUACUGUUCAAGUCAUAUGAGCUCAUUCAUCUGAGCAUUGUGGGAUUGAAUCCCAACACACACACACACACACACACACACACACACGCCAUACCCAUGGCAUCUUGAAAUAUGGUAGGAACCACAGCAGGAUUGUUUGACUUUUCACUUUCUAAUUUUGUUUCGUUUCCUUGCUUCUUCUUUUUAGAAUAUACUUUUUUUGCUUUCACUUUUACACUUUGACAAUUUCACGUUUCACGUGUUCAUAUGUUUUCAUGCACUAUGUCUGUCUGUUUGUUGGUUUCUCGCUGUGUGCUCUGAUUUUGUGUUCCACGGUAACGUCCUAGGGCGCGUCCCCCCCCCUUCCCGCUUUUUUUUUUAUAUCCUUAUCGUUAAAAUGGCGACAUUCCGUUAGUGCCAUGGAUGUCUUUGAACUUUGACCCUCACUUCACGCAAACGUCACAGGCAGAAGUCAUUAGCUAGGCACAUUGUACGAUACUCAGUGUUUGUAGACAUCACCUCGUAACAGUAGUGCUUUAGGAUAGGACUUUUUUUUUUAAAUGUUAAACUACAGUGAUGCCCAGUCUAAGACACUGGGGCCACAUCUGGCCCCAUAACACGUUGCUACCCUGGCCCAUAGUGCAUGAAAAAGACAUGUUGUUUUUUUAAACGGGGGAGGGGGGUAUUAAAUUGGCCCGUGACCCGCUUGUCGGAAAAUUCUAAGGCCCCUCCACCCAUGGAUGAAAUAAUGGGAGUCAUUGGACUAACAGAACUGAUGCAUGGUUUACCAACAUUACAUGGUAAAAUUUCAUUUUUUUUUAAAAAAUAUAGUGACUCUUCAUUAACUGUGGAAACUUACUAAAUCGCCAACUGAAGAGUAAAGCCAACUAUUGAUAUUUUAUUUUUAACACCAUUGACCGCAUUUUGAGUUUGAAGUUCAGUUUCAGUGUAGAAUAAAAUUUGUCGGCGUGUAUAUAUCUUUAUUGUUUUUAUUGUAGAGAUAUCAGUUGGUUACAAAUAAACAAAGGUUAAUUA